CGUUCUUCGUUAGACAGUGAAUGCGCGAAAUAUUUGACAACUAAACAGCAAUGUGGUGCAUGUGAACCUAAGCACUUGUAUGUUUGUCAAGUGUAAAAUGAUAAAUAAACAACAGAUCAACAUUGUGAUUGUGAAUACUGAUAGUUGAAAUAUUUUUAUAUUAAUGCGGUAAUAUGGAAUUAUGUAUAUUGAACGAGAACCAAUUUUAUAUCUUCUUCUAUUUUUAAUAUCGAUUGAAUGUGCAGAAAUCAAACAGUACUAUGUAGAUAGGGGAAAAAAUUUAACAUUAAAAUGCCCUUAUUAUUAUUCAGAUGUAAUGUGGGUAAGGGAGGGUCGAGAAGAUCGACACAGUACCCGAUCAACCGCAUUAAAAAAUGGAUCUUUAUUCUUGGAAAGAGUUGAUAAAGACGAUAGUGGUAUAUAUUCGUGCUCCAGGGAAAAUGUUGUGACAGAUGAAAAGGCCCUUUUAAAUGUAACCGUUAGAACUCCCCCUCCUGCUUUGGCAAAUGUGAAAGUAGUUCCUAGUACCAUAUUAGCUGUUAUAGUAUGGGAAGUGAAUGGGACUGGUGGAUAUCCCAUAAUGAAUUUCACAGCACAAUAUCGCUUAGCUGAUACAGACAAUAAAUGGAUACCUAUACCACCUAACCACAUCACCCCUAGUUCACGUCAAAUUGAUGUUUAUGGACUACAGCCAAACACUUCAUAUGAAUUCAAAGUGUGGGCUACGAAUCAAUUGGGGCGUGGUGAAUCCACUCAAAUUGUAUCAACUACUAAAGGAUAUUAUUCUGAGGAAGCAGGUGCUGAUGAAUUUGAUACCAGAGCAUGGGCAGUUGCCGUGGGAAUAGUAAUGGGUACUUUGAUUUUGCUCGGACUUGGAACCUGCUUUCUUCUCUAUCAAGAAUGUCGCCGCCCAAGUGAAGAACAAGAAAUAAUUGAGCUGGUCCCGAAUAUUAUUCUCAAUCCAGGUUUUGAUGGGAAUACCAACGAACCAUUACAACCAGAUGAGAAUUCCAACAGUGAAAAUCCGUUUCGUUUGAAUAACAACACAGUAGUUCAAUCAAGACAGGCGUAACUCUAGCGGCUUCAAUUUUGUUUAAUUCCCUUCUAAUUGACAUAACUAAUUUCCUCGUCAAAUAAUCAUUUCUCGUUUUUGUUUAUGAAAAAGAACAGAGACAGAAGAUUUUUGUAACCAAAGUUGUUCGAUCAUGCAUAGGAUUGCAUCGCAUUUUAUGCUUUAAUUAACGUUACCAAUGAAAGAGUGAUAUUUUAAUUCCUAAUAAUUUCUUCAAUAUCUAGUCAUAAAUUAUUUAUUUAUUAAAAUUACUCGAUCGUGUAUGUAUUUAUUGCUGAUUUUGAUAUGAAAAAUGGCUUCCGAGCAAGUAGGGAACAUAAUGUUUCUUUACUGUGACACGUUUUUAUUGAUACAAUCAUAAAUGCUCAUAACUAUGCAAAUAACGAAUUGAAUUUAGAACUGCCAUCAGAAGCAAUCAAUCUAUUGUUCUGUAAAGGAACAUUCCUACAUAUAUCGAAUCAAUAAUCACUUCCAAUUAUUAUUGUUCACUUUUAAGGGCAAUGAAUUAAUACUUCAUUCUAUACAUAUCCUUAUAUGUAUUUGAUAACAGCAAUCAAUUCAACUAUAUCACAUUUACUGCAUAAGUCAACCUAAUUGGAAAGUACAAAAUACUUCAGUGACAUAACCAGAAAGAUAAGGAUAUUUAAAAAUGAAUAUUUUCAACCAAUUCACCUGGAAGUCAAGUUUUGUUGAGAUCUAUAUUUCUUCUAAAAUGUUUUAUUUAUAUUUUUCAUCUCGUUCAUGUGCGAAGUGAGUUCAAUAAGAUUUUAAAGUGACUAAAUAUAAUUGGGUCUCUGUAAAUUCAAAACAAUACUACAUAUUUUCUGUUUGAAUGGGAGAUUUUAAUUAGUUUAUGAAUACCUACUUUUACCAGAUCCUUCAAACUUCUCAGAGAUGUAGAUUUAACAUAAUGAUAUUUUGAAUCAUGGCAUUAUGUGAAAGUAUUAUUUCUGAUUUGAUAGUAAAGAAUUCGAAUAUCGAUAAAAAUGUGUUGCCUUGUACAAAAUAAUAUAAGAACUAUAAUAGUUGUUUAUAUUCAGGAGCUUUCUAUUUUUUCUUAGAAAAUGAAAUGCUUAUUUUUGUGGUUCAAUGAUACACCAAAUUAUUCAAUAUUUAAAUUGAAUUGAAUAAUUAUUUCUCUGUAAUAACAGCUUUUUUUCAGUGGAUGCGCUAUGUUAGUGAGUUCCCCAUAUUAUAUGUAAUCCAUAACAAUAUUUCCGAACAUGAUUUUUGUAGAAUCCUUGCACAAAAAAAAUUAAAUUUCAGGAUGAAAAUAUUAGAAAUUAACAUUCUGCAGUUUGCGUUAUAAAAUUUCAAACAUAAAUUACUUUUUCUAAUUUUGACAUAUAUGUAAAGUGACACUUUUUAAAACUAAUUGUCGCUCCGAAACGUUUCACUUUUCGUAA